AAGCGUUAAGCUGGCCACUCACGUUCCGGUAGACCUGUGCAGGUACAACUGUGCAGGUAAAACUGUACAGGUAUACCGAAGACCUGACAAGCCCACACACGCUAUGGUGAAAUUCUAGAAUUUGUUCAGUUGAUGAUGGCGUCGAAAGGUGAUGAUGCAUUGGCUGUGCUAGCACUCUUAUUGACUUUAAAUAAACGUGUAAGGAAAAAACGGGAAAAAUGGUGCAAAGAUUGGAUACUAAAGCGAAAAAGUUACAGUCACGUCAAUUUAUUGAACGAGUUUAAAUUUGAACCUAAAGAUUUUCAAAACUAUCUACGAAUGGAUGAGAAAACAUAUUUAAAAUUGCUUUCUUUGGUGAGUCCUUUUAUUAUAAAGAAGGAUACUGUAAUGAGAAAAUCCAUUUCACCUCAUCAAAGAUUAACUGCAACUCUAAGAUUCCUAGCAACAGGAAGAAGUUAUGAAGACUUGAAGUAUUCUACAAUUAUUUCACCUCAGGCCCUGGGAAAAAUAAUUCCCGAAACGUGUGAUGCUUUGUAUAAAGUUCUGCGCAAACAAUACUUGAAAUUUCCAAAAUGCCAGGAAGAUUGGAAAGAAAUAGCAGAUUUAUUUGAGGCACGGUGGAACUUUCCACACUGUUUGGGCGCAAUCGACGGCAAGCACAUUGACAUCAUUCUGCCGGCUGGAAGUGGCUCUGAAUUUUUUAAUUAUAAAGGCCGACACAGUAUGGUUCUUUUAGGAAUUGCAAAUGCCAAAUAUCAAUUUAUUUUAGCAGAUUUUGGGACCAAUGGAAGAAUUUCGGAUGGAGGUGUUCUCCAAAACACAAAAUUUUUCGAAAUGUUGACAAAAGGUGAUUUACGUAUCCCAACCGAAGAAUAUGUCAAAGGAAAUGGUAGGAAUCUGCCGUAUGUGUUUGUCGCCGACGACGCUUUUGCUUUACGCAGCGAUAUGAUGAAACCAUUUCGACAAGCGGACUUGAACUCGAACGAGAAAAAAAUAUUUAACUAUAGAUUGUCUCGUGCAAGGCGCAUCAUCGAAAAUACGUUUGGAAUAUUGGCUGCACGAUUUCGUAUAUUUCAUACUCAAAUUAAUGUUGAACCUGAAAACAUUAUUAAAAUAGUAAUGGCCGCAGUUGUGCUGCACAAUUUUCUAAUAGAAAAUUCACCAAAAUCAUACGCACCUAAACAAUGUGUUCAAGAAGAAAAUGCUGACGGAACCGUUAUUAAUUAUGGAUACAAUACACAAAACUCUAGCAUGGAAAAUUUAGAGCAACGAAACCCCGGCAAUAUCAAUGAUACAGCAAAAAAUGUUAGGGAAAAUUUCAUGUAUUACUUUAAUCAUGAGGGCAGCGUACCAUGGCAAAACAAUUAUAUUAACUAAAUAUAUAAUGAAUAUAAAUAAUAAUAGAUUGUGUUUUAUUAAUUUACCUCAGAUAAAGUCUCCUCAUCUGCA